AUGUCGACCAACUGUUGCUCCACCACAUCCUGGCGUACGAGUCCGGUCUCGUCGGUGGCCACCAGUCCGUGCUUUCGGGCUAAAUAUAGCGUUCCAAACGAAAAGUUAAGCAAAAGCUUUUUUGCCGAUAAUUUUGAACAGUUGUUACACAUCGGGAGCGGAGGUUUCGGUGCUGUAUAUAAAGUAAAGCAUAACAUUGAACAAGAGAUUUAUGCGGUUAAAGUGAUUAAGUUGCUUGACACUUAUGAUAAUAAUAAACGACAGGAGAAACUAAAAGAAGUCCAAAAGUUAGUGAAACUGCGGUCAGAAUAUGUGGUCAAUUACCGCAACUCAUGGCUGGAAGACAAUCAUCUGUUCAUUCAAAUGGAUUUUUAUACACAAAAUCUUCAGACAAUUAUUGAUAACAAACACAUUGUCUUCGGGAGAGAAUCGGAGGACCCGAUGGAUGUGUUUGAAUAUUUCAUUUGCUGUGAAAUAUUCAAAGAGCUCUUAGAGAGCGUUCAAUAUCUACACGACUCGUGUCCACCGGUUAUCCAUCGAGACCUCAAACCACAGAAUGUAAUGAUAGACCAAAACUAUAACAACAAUCGUUUUAUAAAACUGUGUGAUUUCGGUUCCGCCACUUUUCACAACAUGUCAUCCAUGAGCCACACCUGUAAUGUCGGGACAGCAAAGUAUAUGGCAAUUGAGUUAAAUCAGUCCCGAUAUACCGUUAAG